GUGCUGAUUCUAAAGAGAUAGGGUGGUAAAUACAGGGCUGAGGUGAAGGGAGUGGGAUGAUGAGUUGACGAGACUACUGGAACAUUCUGAACUCGUCUGUCAUUUUGCGAAAACAUUGUGUUCCUGUAGUGGCUAACAAAGAUCAGGGACAACUCAUCUUUUCAUUGGCUGCCUUUUCUUUCCUGUUAUAUGGCUUAAAUCUUUGUGUGGUGGGGUCUCUUCUCUCCUUUGUUCCUGUCUCCCUCACACUUUUACUACUUGUUUCAUACUGCCGCUCUCUCUCAUCUCACUGCUCAUUCUCCAGUUUUCGUGGUUUUGAUUCUCUCUACUUUGAUGCUUUCUUGCAUUACUUCACAGGAUCUGUGAGACUCUUAAGGUUUGAAGAAUAUUUAAUACACACAGAUUUAUAUCUAUAAAGAAUUGAACAAUCAAGGGUGGGUGUGAGUUGUCAGUGUUGAUAAAGUGGGAAGGGGUUAAAGUAUAUUUGGAGUUUUAAAAAGAGUGAACCAUUACCUCUGUCUCCUUGCCAAACCAUUUGUACCCGUAGUUCUUGGGCUGUGUUUCCAAGCAAGGUAGCAAGCAAAACUCUACUUGGGUUCUCCUGUAACUCUUUCAACAUUUUCUUGCUACUUUUUGAGUUAAGAUUUGAGAUCUUAGAGGUUGGGAAUAUCUUCGAGUUUACAAGAUGAAGUUUAUGAAGCUUGGAUCUAAGCCUGAUUUAUUUCAGACUGAAGGAGAUAAUAUUAGGUAUGUAGCAAGUGAACUCGCAACAGAUGUGGUUGUGAAUGUUGGAGACAUCAAGUUUUAUCUGCAUAAGUUCCCACUUUUGUCCAAGAGUGCCAAACUGCAGCAGUUGGUUUCCAUGGCAAGUGAUGAAAUUAGUGAUGAAAUCAUGAUUCAUGAUAUCCCUGGUGGACCUGCCGCAUUUGAAGUGUGUGCAAAGUUCUGUUAUGGUAUGACUGUCACCCUCAAUCCAUACAAUGUAGUUGCAGCGCGGUGUGCAGCAGAGUACCUGGGAAUGUAUGAGACUCUUGAGAAAGGGAAUCUAGUUUACAAGAUAGAUGUUUUUCUUAACUCCAGCAUUUUGAGAAGCUGGAAAGAUUCAAUUAUCGUUCUUCAAACAACAAAGUCUCUUCUUCCAUGGUCUGAGGAGCUGAAGCUAGCCAGUCACUGUCUAGACUCCAUAGCUUCCAAAGUUGCCAUUGAUGUUUCCCAGGUGGAGUGGUCAUACACUUACAAUCGUAAAAAGCUACCAUCUGAGAAUGGAAAUGAUUCACAAUGGAAUGGUGUAAGAAAACCUCAGACAGUGCCCAAAGAUUGGUGGGUAGAGGAUCUUUGUGAGCUCCAAAUUGAUUUAUACAAGCAGGUUGUAGAAACUAUAAAAGCUAAAGGAAGAACUUCUGCUGAUGUUAUAGGAGAAUCCUUGAGAGCAUAUGUUAUGAGGAGGUUUCCAGGUUUAAGCAAGGGUAUUAUACAGGGAGGUGAUAUCAAUAAAAGUCGGUCUCUAAUUGAGGCCAUCAUAGGUCUGCUUCCCGUGAACGACAGCUGUGUGCCCUGCAGUUUCUUACUUAAAUUGUUUCAGGCAUCUAUUCUGUUGGAUUGUGGGGAAACAGAAAAAAAAGUGCUCAUGAAACACAUAGGUAGGCAGUUGGAAGAGGCAGCAGUUUCUGAUCUUCUUAUUCGAGCUCCACCAGGAGAACCAACAAUAUACAACGUAGAUGUGAUGAAUAACCUAGUGGAAGAGUUUCUGGUACAAGAGUUUCCUGAUUCUCCUGAAGAAAUUGAGUGCGAGGAAAUUAAAGUUCCUCGGUUCAUAUCUAGUUCAUCCAAGAUGAAGGUAGCCAAGCUGGUAGAUGGAUACCUUGCUGAAGUCGCUAGAGAUCCAAGUCUACCUCUAUCCAGUUUUGUUGAUCUAGCAGAUAAGGUGUCAGGUUUUGCAAGACCAAACCAUGAUGGCCUUUAUCGUGCCAUCGAUAUGUAUCUGAAGGAACACCCUGACAUUAGCAAGAGUGAUCGGAAAAGAAUUUGCAGGCUGAUGGACUGCAAAAAAUUAUCAGCAGAUGCGUGUACGCAUGCAGUGCAGAACGAGCGACUCCCUAUGCGUGUGGUGGUGCAGGUCCUCUUCUUUGAGCAAAUGAGGGCUGCAUCAUCUGGUGGUGGAAGCACACCUGAGAUACCUGGGUCUAUUAAGACAUCACUCCCAGGCGGUUCACAUGGAAGCUCAAGGUCAACCACAACCAACACAGAGGAAGACUGGGAUUCUAUUCCCACUGCUGAAGAGCUCAAAGCUUUAAAAGGUGAGCUUGCUACUUUAAGGUUGAGGGAUGAGGGUAAUGUGAAUGGAGUAAAAGAUACUGAAAAACUCACAAGCAAUAGGCUGAAAGGGACGCUCAUGUCGAAAAGGAUAUUUUCAAAACUUUGGUCAAACAAAGACAGACAAAGUGACCUCAGUAGCUCUGAAACCUCAGAGAGCCCUACUUCGACGCAAGAAACAAAGUCUACAACUUCAAGAAGUCGAAGACACUCUUUGUCGUAGUGAUCGCAGAAUUUCACACGAUUAAAUUCAUUAGGUUGAUAGAAAACCACUGACUGUCACUGACCGGAAGACCAGACUGAAGAUUUAUGUUUAUGGUGCAAGAAAAACAGUUGGAGGAUUUAUAUUUAGAUUAAUUUAACUGUCCCUCGCUAAUGUCACUUUGUUGAUCUGCAGAGAAAUGAAACUAUGUAAGUCUAUGUUUUCACAAUUGGUUUCCUUGAAAACCCAGUUUUGUUCUGUGCUACUGGAAAGUAAUGCAAAGUUCUAAGUCUGUGUCGAGUAGAUUCCCGGUAAACAAAACAUUGUCUCAUGAUGAAAGUUUAUUUUCCCAGUUUGUUACUCCAUCUAAAGACAGUUCUUAAGUGAUGAAAUUAUAAACCGAGUUUGAGAUCUAUUAGUA